AACGAAAACUGUGGGCACUGUGGCACGACCACUCGACUCGACGUUAUUUUAUCGAGUAUUGUGGCCGACGGUCGAUAUACCCUGCCUCUAAGUUCUCACGAUAGAUUCUUUGCUCAAGUUGCGUCUAGCACUGACAGCAAUAGAAACGAACGAGAUCGUUCAAGAUGUCUGCCAUAGAGAAACCACAGAUGCGCAACCUCCUAAAGGCGCAGAUCAAAAGGAAUCUUAUAGGAAUGAUGAUAACUAGCAUCACCGUGGCGUGGACAGCUAAGGUGCUCUUUGCCGAUAAGAAGAAACAAAGAUACGCCGACUUCUACAAAACCUACGACGCGGAGAAGCAGCUGAAGAUAAUGAACGAGGCUGGUCUCAUGCAGUCCUACCUUCCCAAGCAAAAAUAGAUUUACGUUUACAGAUAAUAGGAGAGCAGAAAUUUGAGAGGACGGAAUAAAAUGAUAGUCUUCUUCGGGAUUACAUUAUUAUAUCUAUAUGUAUAAUAAAUAAAUUCAACAUAGUAUUAUUUA